ACACUGAAUGCUCACUUGGCUUAAUCGAGCUCCCACAAAACUCCAAAAACCUUCAACAAAAGGGGUCAAAAAAGAGCGCUUCCGCCUUUACUAGAAAGGUGAGUGUUUCUGAGUUUUUAUUGCUGUGCUCUCUCAAACUUAGAGACUGAUGGAACAUAACGACCAAACGACGUCGUCUUUUUCAUUUGUCCAUGAAGCGCCGGGGCGAGGCGUCGGUGGAAAGUUCAGGAAACCGUCGUCACGUAAACCACCGUCUACACCCUACUCACGCCCGCACCCACGUAGUCGCUGGCUGUCAAAGCUUGUUGAUCCGGCUUACCGACUCAUAUCUGGCGGCGCCACCCGAAUACUUCCCUCCCUCUUCUCUAAAUCUCCUGAAUGUUCGCUUCCACCACCCAACGAUCAACAACAGAAAGAAGAUCACGAUAAAGUGGAUCAAGAUGUGAAGGAAAAGGUUGGAGGUGAUGGCGAAUUAAAUUAUGGAGAAGCCAGAUUAACUGGUGUAUUGGAUCCUAGCAGCUCAACUGAUGGAUCAAAGAAUGGUUUUGAUUUUGAUCGGUGCAAACAAGACAAAAAAGGUGAAGGAACAAAUGGUGAUCGGGUUUCUGAAAUUGAGCAGCUAGUAAAGGGGAAAACUUUCUCUAGGGAUCAAUUCAAUCAUUUGAUAGAGAUACUACAGUCAAGGACUGUUGAUAUUCCUGAUGUUGAACCAGAAAAUAAAUAUCUAAGCAUGACCGUGAGAGAUACUGAGAGGCCUAUACCUGCCCUUGAAAGGCAAAGGAAGUCAGUUGAUGUAAAGAAAGAAGAUUUAAGUAAAGCUCUCUGGGGAACCUCAACCACAUUUGUGCAGUCAUCUAUGCAAGAUGAAGUUGGUGCCUCACCAAUUGAUAUUGCGAGAGCAUACAUGGGAACCCGAGUGUCUGAAUUAGGCCUUAGUUCGAAGAGUAUAAUAACAAAAGACGAAAGGACAUCACUGAAUGGUGAUGAAUAUGCAUUAAAGCCGUUUCUUCCUUCACCAUCCCCUAAGCCAUCCACGUGCUGGCCAGGAGCCAUGUUACAGGAUCAACGUGCUUAUUUGACUCCUCAGAGUGAAAGAGGUAGAUCUGGGCUUUAUAAUUUUCCCCGAACCCCAUAUUCCAGAACUAUCUUUUCCAAGUCUAAGUCCAAGCUGACUCAAUUACAAGCUGAUCGCAAUAGAAGCUUGAACAUUCCAUCCACUCCCUUGCAGCAGUCACAAACUCCUAUUUAUCAGCAGUCAAGGAGAGACACAUCGGAUGAUGUCCGUGGAUCAGUGGGACCCAUUCGAAGGAUGCGGCAUAAAGUUGCAGAAUCACCAUCCAGAAGGUCUGUUAGUUUUCAUUCCUCUUUAAUUGGCCAUUCACCUCUGGGUAAUUCCAAUGUCUCGGAGAGCUUCUUUCCUGCUGUCAAAACAAAUUUGGAAACAGGAGGUUCUGGUAGCUCUUCCCUAUUCCAGUCUCUAGACAAUAAGCCAUCCAACUCAGAAGUGGGUGUCCCACCUGUUCAUCCACACUCCAGUCAGAUGGCUCGGACAAUAUUGGAGCACCUUGAGAGAAACCCACCCACUCCUAAGGAUAAGUCUGCUGAGUUAAAGCUUGCCACUUCUUGGAACCAAACCCAGUCUUCAAAUGUUAACUCUGCCAUGCCAAGUGGGAACAAUAGUUUACUGCAUCUAGGAGCUCUUAACUCUUAUAAGAGCACCGGCCAAAUUGACAAGAAAAAUUCUGCUCAGAAUGAAGCUAGAGCGAAUAAUUUCUUUAAGGUUCCUCAGGAGAGAGCUAUCAAAUCCAUGGAUGCUGUGAAGAAAACCACUUCAGCCUCAGACAUUAAGGUUAACAGCAUUUUUACAAUACAAGCUGGCAAUGCAGGCCCUUCUCAGGAUCACAGGAAUACAGGAGAUUUUCAAAUCAAGAGCAGACAUGAGAAUGACUCAAUUCUUGCUUCAAGUGCUGCGGAUGGUGAGGUACCAAAUCUACAGAGGAAGCCUUCAUCUGAUUCAGUGGGGACUAAACCGGUUUUGUCUUCCAUUUCUGUUGGCAAGCCUGCCCAGAGGUGGGCAUUUUCAUCUGAUAACACCGCCGGGUUUAGUUUUCCUGUUUCUGCAUCUACUGGAGUGUUCUCUGAGCCUCCAACACCAACAGUCAUGCCAUCAUUUCCAGCCAGUGGCAUCCAUCAGCCAAACAAGGAAGCUGCAGUUCCUACAUACAGUUUUGGAUCGAAUAAAUCAACUCCUUCCCUCGUUUUUGCUUUCCCUUCUACAAGCAAUGCUGUUACCCAUGAUGAUGCUUCAGAUCUUAAGUUUAAUUUUGGAUCAGAAGAGACAAGGAUAUCUUUCAGUUCGAUUGGGAAAGAUGCCAUCUGCUAUUAGUAAAAGUCAUGACAUAUUUUGGUUGUCUUUUCCUU